AUGACUCGGACAGUCAUCUCGCCCAUGCGAUCCAUGGUCGUGCUGGCGAUGCUGGCGACGGCACUUUGGUUUAUGGUACCCGGAACGUCCUACACCGCGCCAGCAGGGGGCGGCCUGACCAGGAAUCAGAUGCACGGCAACAUCCGCAACAAGGACAAGCUGCCAGGUGUCAUCGAGAUUCCCUUGGACGAGGAGCCGGAGCUUGAGGCUAAGCCUGAGAUGCCCGAGAAGCGCGUGCCAUAUUCGAUGCACAUCGUCACCCAGCUCCCGCAGCACAAGCACCUUCACGAGGAGAGCAAUGCUCGGAAGUUCAUCGAGGACAAGGUGGUGGGUGCCUUCGAGAACUACGAGGGAUUCAUCCGACAUGUGGAGGUUCACCUGCAG